AGAAGCUCCGGUGGCUGAGUCGGAGGCACCAGGGAGCAGCGCGCGUGCGCACGCCGCGGGCCGCGCGCCGGAAGCGCGCCCUCCUCCCGGGCCGGCUCGGAGGAAGUGCUCGGAUCCGGUAGAGCACGGGUAGUGGCACCCGCGGUCACUAUGGCCACUGAGCCCGCGAUCGCCGAACCGACUGUGCCGUCGCUCGUGGAUCGCUACUUCACGCGCUGGUACAAAGCCGAUGUCAAAGGCAAACCCUGUGAGGACCACUGUAUACUACAGCACUCCAACCGAAUAUGUGUCAUCACAUUGGCAGAAUCUCAUCCAGUUCUUCAAAGUGGAAAAACAAUUAAAAGCGUCUCCUAUCAAAUCAGUACCAACUGUAGCAGACUUCAGAACAAGGUCUCUGGGAAAUUUAAGCGGGGGGCACAGUUUCUAACAGAGCUUGCACCUCUGUGUAAGAUUUACUGCUCAGAUGGAGAAGAAUACACCGUAUCUAGCUGUGUUAGAGGACGGUUGAUGGAAGUGAAUGAAAACAUUCUCCAUGAACCAUCUAUUCUUCAAGAGAAGCCAUCCACUGAAGGCUACAUUGCGGUUGUGUUGCCCAAAUUUGAAGAAAGUAAAAGCAUAACAGAGGGGUUACUGACACAGCAGCAGUAUGAAGAAGUCCUGGUGAAGCGCAUUCAUGCCGCGACAGCUACAUCACGAGCAUCGCGCGGGAUAACAACUACCACGGCGCCCACUCCUCCGCAGCCUGCGCGAUCCGUGUGCUAAAGAACCGACACGUGGGAAGCAUGCUUCCCGCCCAGCCGCCCGCAGGGAGGCCUGAUCUUCAGACUGAACCUAGUCUCUCCUCUUUGUCUGGCAUAACAAGGCUUGGUUCCCAUUUUGUCCUCAGCCUCCCACAUCUGCCCUGCCCAGGUACCCACUUUGUUCUUUUGCUUUUCUAACAACUGGCAAGCAAAGGAUGUUUUUCUGAUUAAAAACAAAGCACUUUGAGGACAAUUUGGACAAGACAGAUGAGUUUUAAGUAGCAAAAUAAAAAUAAUUUACCCAUCAUCCUGUAACCCCUUGGUAAAUACUACAUUUUAACAUUUUUCGGUUUGAGUGUUAUGGCAUGGUUAUUGUUUUUGCCUCAAUUUUCCUUCAGUUUGAAGUUUAAAAAAAAAAAAAAAAACAGCCUUUUUUUACCCAAUGUGCUUCCAAGUGACACUACCAAAAAGCUUAGUGCCGCCUCUGCAGCCCCAAGUCUUUUCCCCUGCGGUCGUGGGGGAGAGGCAGAGUACACUCCACCCCUUCUGCAGCUCGGACGGCCUUCCUCUCUGACACAAAGUCGACUGUAACACUGUGGCUUCUUAAACGAGGGAUACAGGGAAAGGCUUUGCAAACUCCAAAGGGCCUUCCCAGCAUGGAAGUACUCUGACACAGAGUAAAGCUGCUUACUGCAUACGUACACUGUGGUCACGCAAUCCCACACUCUCGCUACAGGGCAGCCAGCCGAGAAGUUGCUGACAAGUUGCCAUAAUCCAAAGGCACAGAUGCCUUUGAAUGGAACAAAAACUUUCACAUCAUCUAAACUGAAAACGGAACUGAUUUAUGGUUUAAGACUGUCUAUUCAUUUACACUGAAUGUCAAAUAGAAGGACUUUUAAAAUUAUCAUUUUUUUCUUAAAGGCUGCAACACGUGUACAUUUAAAUAUCUCUGUAAAUAAAGCAGAAGAUGUAAUUUAAUACA